UCGAAAUGGGUUGCCCCGCAAAUUUCCUGCUCCUCGUUCAGCAUUUACUGUUGAUGGAAGCCCUUUGCCACCUCUUGCUGUUGGUUAUCUUUGGAGUGACUUACUAUUUCCUUUGGACGGGAGUUCAGGACCACAAGUCCAAUUGGCAGAACCUGGCUCACGCAUGGACUGAUCUAAAGUCUAACAACAACACGGCUGCAAUGUUCCGUUGUCAGGAGAAGUUCAAUUGCUGCGGCUUUAUGGACCCCGAGUACUAUAUAUACAUGAAUUUGGGAAAGCCAAAAUAUUUUCCCGAAAGCUGCCUGCAUGAUGAGAGCAACGUGAAGGAAUCAUGCUUCAAGGUAUUCAGAGAUCAGGAUUUCACCUAUUACGCCAUCGUUGUUGUGAUCUUGUGUGCUUAUAUAGUUAGCAAAUUUCUGCUUGACUAUGUUAAAUGCAGGAUGAGUACGGAUUUAUACGAGGGCCGGUUUCCACUUCCUCAAGAUAAUACGAACUAAUUCAGGACUUAUUUCAGAUGACUUCGCGUCAUGGGAUGUGGUGUCUAAACAAUAUUGUAUUUACCAAAUUCUAUACUCUGGGCAUUACUGUUGGGCUUAUUUAUAUCAGUGUAAUUUUUGAAGAUAUCAAGGAUAUCAGGGUCUAACAAUGUUCCUUCCUUGAGCUCAAAGUUGAAAAAUACCAUAUUUUCCUAUGGCAGCUAUGUACUUGAUGUAUCAAAAUAUUGAUAUCUAUAAAUAAUAGUUAACAUUCAACUUGUUAUAGUAAUGUGCAAUUACCUGAAUCACUGCACCAUGUACACUGGAUGUCCUUAAAAAAUAUAUUUUUCGUGAUGAGUUUAA